CAAUGACAGAUUAUGAUAUUGAAUUUGAAAUAUUGAAAAAAAGUUGGAAUAGAGCUUUAGAUAUGCGAAAUUUUGAAUCAUUGAGUAAACAGUCAAAUAUGCUUAGAGAAUUAGUUAAAUUGUUGGAUUUCACAUCAACUUAUUUAGGAAAGGCUUAUUUUAUUAUAAGCAAUUAUAAAGAUGCACUCUUAAAAUUUUCAGAAACAAAUCUGUUUGAUAAAAUCAAAAAAUCAUUUACUAAAAAUAAUUUACUUUAUGAUGUUUUGCGAUUAUAUCGGGAAGAGAUUUACUACAUGAUGGGAAUAUAUUUUAAAUCAUUUAAAGAUUUUCAAAAAUUAUCUAAAAUCGAUUCGACAGAUGC